CGACUUUUCGAGUGCAAUUUCUUCGCAUCGUAAAAUGUUCAUAAACCACCGGCGACAAGCACAUGAGAGCUCGAAAUAAUACCCCUCAGAGUGAUGUUAAUUAAUUCAUUCCCCACGGAUAAUCACUUCAAACUGAAUGCAGUGAAUCACCUGGCCACUUCUGCAUCCAUCCGUCAGCAGCCUCGGCAAAUGUCGCCAAACCAGAGCGAGGAGCUUGCGCUAUAAAGGAUAUCAGGGAGCAUGGCGGACAGUUUUUUUUGUUUCCAUUGGCAGGGAAAUAUUGGGCGACAUCUCUUCGUUCUUAUCGUGCUCUGCGCUGUUGUUUACACUGUCAGGUCGAGGCAUAUGAUUACAAAGAGGAAUUACAGCGAUCAGAGUGUCCGAGGUUACUUGGCUGAGCGAACCUGCUGGUGGAACGAAGUGUGUAAAGAGGAAUUUCACAGUAAAUUCCGUUGCAGAUGUCCAAGAUGGUCCUACUGCAGAGCACCAGGAAAAUAUUACGAUGCCCACUGUAGCAUAACACGAACUGGCUACAUUUGGACACAGCCAGAGACGUCCCUGACCCUGGAGGUUGACAAAUAAAACAAACCCAACUCCUAUGACCAUUUUGAAUUUUUUCAUAAAAUCAAAAAUAGUGAAUGACUCGACCUAAAGAAUAGCAAAUACCCAACUGUAGCAAUGUUGACUUCACUAUCAGUUGUACUGCCUCACUAGACCUUAAUGAAAUAUCUCGUAAGUAAGCGUUUAAUAGAAAAGUAACCAAGAAAAAAUUUAUUCCUCAAGAAGAAAAAAUGUGAAAAAUUAUUCUGCGAUUAAUUGCGCUUGAGGCUGUCUACAAAACUAAUUCCACGGAUAUAAAAAUAAAAAUAAUAAUAAUUUCAAAAUAAAAUUAUUGAGUGAUGUACGCUAUCGAAUUUACUAAUUCAUAAAUUAAUUAAUGAUAAUAAUUAUUGUUGAAAAAAUUGUUAAUUGAUUGUUUAAUUGUUCGACCACGUUUGUAUAUUGAAUCGUUCAUGUCGCUUAUGAAUUCACAAUAAAUGACCAUAUAAUAAAAUUGUUUCAAGGCAGAUUUAUA